GGUGCACCGAUUUACGCAUCAAAGCAUAACAUUACACAAAAAUAUAAAUAAAAGAAUCACGUACAAACAGUAGAUAGGAUUGUAAAAUGGCGUGAAUUAAUAAAAACAAUACAUAACUAUAAAUUAUCCAUUGUGCUUAGUAACUAGUGAAGUAUUGUUCAAAAUCAGUGAAAAAUAUGACUACUCUAACAGACAACACUAAUACAGAGGAGACCAAAAAGCGUCUCUUGGCGGCAGUCAAAAAAGAGGUUAAACAGUUGAUGGAAGAGGCAGUCACCAGGAAAUUCGUUCAUGAGGAAAGUGGCACAGUGACAUCCUUGUGUGCAGCCGUUGAAGCAUGCUUAGGUCAAGGUCUAAGAAGAAGAGCUUUGGGCUUGUUUAAGACAUCAAGCACAACAGCACUUCUGCAUAAAGUUGCUAAACAUUGCGAAGAAGCGGCCGUGAUAAGCCAGAGAGUUCUGGAAGCCGAAAAUGGGGAUCCAAACAAGCGAUCGUCUUCAAGUGGCGAUUCUACAAAUAAAGGGCCUAUUCCAUCUCCGCAACCGCCAACGUUGAGCAAGAAAAAUUCGGCGAGCAGUAUAUUAGCAGCUAUGAAUGGUUCAAAUAAUUGUGGACAAGUCAAAUAUCUCUGGAUUCGUCUGGCGUUGUACGAAAAGCAAUUAGCGCGCAUAAUAGACCAUCUUGCGCGCCAUGCCUCACGUUAUUAUGAACGUGAUGCAUUAGUUGCAGACCCUGAUUAUGGAUAUAUCCUUAGUUCUCUUUUGGUUGGACCAUGUGCUCUAGAAUACUCUCAUUCGAAAACCCCUGAUCACUUUUGGACGGAUCCACCAGCUGAUGAACUGGUGCAAAGGCAUCGUAUAAGUUCAGGACAUCCUACACCUCCACCAUGCAGACGACCAAUGUUGAAUUUUAAAAGAAGUUUGAAUACGCAUAGUUCUGAAGAAGGACACACGGGCCAUGCAAGAGUUUCUCCUCAAAUUCAUUGUGCAAAAGAUUAUGUAGAAUCACUUCACCAAAAUUCCAGAGCAACGUUGUUGUAUGGAAAAAACAAUGUUAAAGUCCUGCCAAAAGACGUCAUUCAACCAAUGCCUGGUUAUUUAAGUUUGCAUCAAUCGGCGCAAUCACUUACCAUUAAAUGGACUCCAAAUCAGCUCAUGAACGGUUAUUCCGAAAGCGAUGUCCAAGACAAAAGUUCUUACUGGGAUUAUGCAUUGAAUAUAAAUGUGGAUGAUAUCGUUUACCUGCAUUGUCAUCAAGGUGGUGAUAAACCAGAUGGAAAUGAUUCAUCACUUAUAUUAGUUGGUCAGGACGGUGUGCAGAGACCUCCGAUAAUCUUUCCUGCUGGAGGGCAUUUGGCAUCAUUUUUGAGUUGUCUUGAGACCGGUCUUUUACCUCAUGGCCAAUUGGAUCCGCCAUUGUGGAGCGCCAGGGGUUCUGGGAAGAUUUUACCAAGACCUCCAAAACUGCGGCGGAGACCUCUACCAUCAGUUAAUGAAUCACAUGAUGAGCCAUCAGACUACGUCUUCAGGAUAUACAGUAAAACUAAUCAUGAAGAUUUUAUGAGUCGACAUGAGUUAUUGGACAGAACUAUAAUAGGAAGACCGGCAAGCAGAACAGAACGUGGACCUUUGAGUAGUUGCUCUACUGCUUCUAGUGAAAGUUCUAGCAAAAGUUUAUCUUUGGAUAAUAAUGAAAGUCCAAUGGUUGCACAACAAGAAACUACGAGCUUGGCUUUGGUAUGCUCAACUAUGAAAAGGCAAAUAAUAUCUCGAGCUUUCUACGGGUGGCUGGCAUAUUGCAGACAUUUGUCAACAGUUCGGACCCACCUUUCAGGGCUGGUUCAACUGAACAUUACAAGUAGUGAUGGCGCCGAAGAAGGAUUGACUGCUAAGAAAUGGGAAGAAUUACAUGAAGACGGUGUGAUAGUAGAUUUUGAAGAAGUAUACAGAUUGGUGUAUUGGGGUGGAGUAGAGCAUGAGAUAAGGAAAGAAGUAUGGCCUUACUUGCUUGGACAUUAUAAAUUUGGUUCUACACCUGAAGAACGAUCUGCAUUGGAUGCUGCCACCAGGCAAACUUAUGAAACUUCUAUGUCCGAAUGGCUGGCGGUAGAAGCCAUAGUUAGACAACGAGAUAAGGAACAAACUGCUGCAUCUAUCGCAAGAUUAGGCUCUGAGAGCACCAGUGAUAAAGACGGCAGAGGAAAAGAAAGUGGAGAUGUUAAUCCCAACUUAAGAGAUGGCAGUAAUGAUGUCUUUGAAGAUUGUUGCAGUCUAUCUGACGAAGAAGCCACAUGUCUUGACGCAAAUCAUCAUGAUGACGCAGGCCGACUCAAUUAUCAGGAUACUAUUUCAGUACCUGAUACGCCAGCUCAUCAAUCAUUGGAUUUGCACCAUUCAGAAAAUGAUGAAAAGCCGGAAAAUGACGAAAACGGCCACAUAGAUGCUACUGAAGAAACCGAUGCAAUUGAAACAGAAUCAGCAGGAAGCAGAGCUGAUCAGUUCAUGACCCCAGAAGAAGAAGCCGCUUUUGAAAAGUUGGAAGACUUUGACUACUUGGAAAGAAAACGUAGUGCCGAAAAUACUGAAUCAGUAAUCAGACGUGCUUCUGAAAAAAUUCAUAGCGUGAUAGUAACAAAUCCUUCCGUGGACGUAUCGGGUUUAUCACCAAUUUGUGACAGAAAAAAUUCAAAUGGAACUAAUUUAGAUCCUCUCAGCGAAGAGCAAACAAAUUUGGAACCAAAUGACGCAUCCAGGUCUAAUUGUGCUUCACCAGUUAGUUCAAAUGGUGGCGUCUAUAGUAUGGAGCUUUUAGAUACUUUUGGAUUAAAUCUACACCGUAUCGACAAAGAUGUCCAGCGCUGUGAUAGAAAUUACUGGUACUUCAGCGAGCCAAAUUUGGACAAACUUCGUAAUGUGAUGUGCACAUACGUGUGGGCUAAUCUGGAUAUAGGAUAUAUGCAAGGUAUGUGCGAUUUGGCAGCACCUUUGCUGGUUAUUUUGGACGAUGAAUCUAAGACGCAUGCAUGCUUCCGUUUACUGAUGGAACGCAUGAUCGACAAUUUUCCGAAUGGUGGUGCUAUGGAUGCUCAUUUUGCUAAUAUGAGAUCGUUGAUUCAAAUUCUCGAUGCUGAAAUGUUCGAACUGAUGCAUGCUCACGGCGACUACACGCAUUUUUAUUUCUGUUAUCGUUGGUUUUUGUUAGAUUUCAAACGCGAACUUUUAUAUAGAGACGUAUUCUAUACUUGGGAAGUCAUUUGGGCUGCCAGACACGUCGCUUCUUCUCAUCUUGUGUUAUUCUUGGCUCUCGCAUUUCUUGAGACUUAUAGAGAUAUCAUUUUGUCGAAUAGUAUGGAUUUCACAGAUAUCAUUAAAUUUUUCAAUGAAAUGGCUGAGAGACAUAACGCAAAGGCAGUUUUGGAUCUUGCAAGAGAUUUGGUGCUGCAGCUGCAAACUUUGAUGGAAAACAAGUAA